AUGGGGGAGGGGGCGCGGAGGCCGCGGCGCGGGGGCGCGCCCGGCUUGUUUUCCUUGUGUGGGUUCAGGGGCGCGGAAAUUUCUCGAAGGCGGCAGGGCCUCCGCGCUGGGCCCGCUCGAGGCGCGCGCCUAACCGUCGCUCACGGAGCGCGGCUCGCGGGCUGCGGGGGCGCGCGGGCCGGCGGGGGCGCGCGGCGGCGGGCCGAGGGCCGGGGGCGGCGCGGCAGGAAGAUGGCGGCGGGGUCGGCUGCCCAGAGGGGCGGCCCGAGCCGGCGUGGGGCUCCCCGCGGGAGUCCGCGGACGGUGACAGCGCGUCGCGCGUGUCCACCGCCCGUCGGGGAGAGCUUCUCCGGGAGCGCUUGGCCCGCUGUGCUUGCUCCGUGUGUAUCGGGGAAGGGAAGCGGUGCAGCUAGGAGCACCGAGCACGGCGAUGUCGCGGCUCCAGGCUCCGGAGGCCGCGGCCUGCGCGGUCGGUCCCGCCGCGCCACUCGGGAGCGGGGGCCCCGGGGACCGCGGGGGCCAAGUUUGAGCACACAUCAGGGAUCCAGGAUAGCUGAGACGUGGGUGUCGGCUCGCCAGGGAAGCUUCUUCCAGAAGUGA